AAGAUGACCUGAUUGAAACCAGUACCACUUGUGUUGAGACAUUGCAAUGAUCACUUUGGUAUUGGUCACUGUUUCAUUGCUUACAAUUGCAUGGUCUGCCAAGGGAAUACCGAUAUCAAAUCGAUCAUCAGGAGCAUCAUCAGGAUUCAGUUCAACACAUCAGUUAUCCCGAGAGUAUUUACCAGUUGAAAAUUCCAAGAUAAAACAAGAUCUUGAUUAUUAUCAUGAUCACAAAGUUAUUCUUACCACAAAAUCACCUCUUGGGAUUAUUCCCAUUGUUAAAAAUGAGCAUUAUACUUCAUCAACACAAUCCAAUAGAGUUUCAAAAUUUGAUAAAAAGAUAUAUCGUCCAUCGGGAAUUAUUGGAGAUAGUAUUGUUGAGUAUGAAACACCAACAAGACCUGUACAAGAAGAGGUCAUUGACACCGAAUAUCAGCAAUUUGUAAAUGACGGUCAACAUGAAAUAACAACAUUACAAUCAACUGGUCACACAUUUUCCAAUGCUUUGAAAUCACACGAACGUGGAGAAAAAAAUUUUGAUUAUUCAGCACAAACAGUUGCCUCGGCUAUCACAACCCUCGAUUGGCUUCUUUGUAAUAAAGGAUAUAAUAGUCCAAUUCAUCCACCACCUAGUCCAGUUUUGGCACUCGUACUAUCAAAAUAUGGCAGAUAUUUGCCAGUAACACGUGGCUCACGUGUUUACUCAUACAUGGCUACCAAUAAUAUUCACAAUAGCCAACCAUUUGGUCAAUACAAAUUUUCACGCGAACAUGAUGAUAAUAUUGAAGCUUAAUCUCUGAAUAAACAUUUCUCAAUAUUU